AAAGCAUCCAUGGAAAACUCCGAGAUCUCAGUGGAUUCCAAGUCCAUAAAAGGUUCAGAAAUAAAGAUCAUACAUGGCAGCAAAUCAGUGGACUCUGGAAUAUCCUUGGACAAUAGUUACAAAAUGGAUUACCCUGAAAUGGGCCUGUGUUUAAUAAUUAAUAAUAAAAACUUUAAGUAUAAUGGAAUGACAACUCGAACUGGUACAGAUGUAGAUGCAGCAAGUCUCCGGGAAACGUUUACAAAUUUGAAAUAUGACGUCAGGGUCAAAAAUGAUCUUACCAGUGAAGAAAUUAAGAAAUUGCUGUUCAAUGCUUCUCAAGAAGAUCAUAGCAAAAGGAGCAGUUUUAUCUGUGUGCUGCUAAGCCAUGGUGAGGAAGGAGUGAUCUUUGGUACAGAUGGACCUAUUGACCUGAAGUUACUGACAGGUUUCUUCAGAGGAGAUUGUUGUCAAAGUCUAGCUGGGAAACCCAAAAUUUUCAUUAUUCAGGCCUGCCGGGGCUCAGGACUGGACUCUGGAAUAGAGACCGACAGUGGUUCAGAGGACGACAUGCCCACUCAGAAGAUCCCAGUGGAAGCUGACUUCUUGUAUGCAUAUUCUACUGCCCCUGGUUACUAUUCCUGGCGCAAUUCAAAGGAUGGAUCAUGGUUCAUUCAGUCACUUUGUUCUAUGUUGAAGCUAUAUGCUGACAAACUUGAGUUUAUGCAUAUUCUUAUCCGGGUUAAUCGAAAGGUAGCAAUAGAAUACGAGUCCUAUUCUCUAGAUAUAACUUUCCAUGCAAAGAAACAGAUUCCAAGUAUUGUGUCUAUGUUCACAAAAGAACUAUAUUUUUACCCCUAAGGAAAUGAACAAGGCUUUUUUUGGUUUUUACAUUCAAAAAAAAAACCGAGGAUUUUUUUUUGUUUGAUAGAUACUGUAUUUUCAAUCCUCUCUCAUUAUAUCUAAUAUUACUGAUGGUACUUGAAUCAUUGCAAUUUUCAUAGCAAUAGAACUUCUAUGAAAACUACCUCAAACUCAAAAUCAGGUAGUUGAAAUUGAAUUUACAUAGGAAUAAAUGAGAAAAUGGUACAUUGAC